GAGACAAGAAAAAUUGAACAAAGAAGUUAGUUAGGGUUUCGAAGACCAAAUGUCGACGGGCAAGCCCAAAGACAAGGACUUGCAGAUGGUGGCGGCGCCGGUGCCGGAGAAGAGAAGUCUCGCGCUUCCACCGAAGGCGCCGGCGACGACCGGGUCGACGGCGCUUGUGGAGUAUACCCCGCCGGUGCUACAGGAAGAGGAUCUCGAAAUUAAGCUCCGGCGAAUCCUCGAGAACGUCCCCGUCCGCGUCAGCAACACCUCCGGCAGUUCUGCCGGUUCCGGCUCCGGCGACUUUCAUCAGUAUCGACAAAUGAGACGAAAAGAGCAGGAUAGACUUGCUCGGAUGGAUGUCGACUUUCAGCGAAGGAAAGAAGUUGCUGAAUUCACUAUGGGAAGGGAAGAAAGGUUGAAAGCCGCUGAGGAGAGAACUGCCAAAAAGCGCUUGAAACGUCAAAAGAAAAAGCAGAGGAAAAGGGAGAAGAAGAGCACGGGAAAUGCAGAUGGAGAACAUAUUAAGAAAGAAGAGUCUUCAGAUGAAGAAGGGGGGGACUCUGAUAACGGGGAGGUGGCAGCAAAAUGAACCAAUUGCGCACCAAAUAUUUGAGUUUUACACCGUAAAAUUUGUUUCAAGCUUGUAACAUGUGCCUCUUGUCCUCUUUGUAGUAAAACAAAAAAUUUGGGCGAUCCAGUUUUGGAGUCUAACUUUAAUUUUGUUUAUUUUGUGCCUCGAUAGAUUUGAUUGCUGUGCAGUCUAAUUUUGCCGAUGGAUCAGAAAAAAGAUCAUUAAUUUAC